AGGGGGUGGGAGAGGCCCAGGAUGCUGGUCAACGUCCCCUAUGUGCAGGACAGCACCCACCACAGGGGAUUAUCCUAACUCCCGCGUCGGCGGCGCUAAGGCCGGGGACCCUGGACCCCCGCAUCCUAGCUUCUCUCCCAGGAACCCGUGUCAUCUGCAGUAUUUCUGGUCAGGCCCCUCUGCGGGGUUCAGUACCACUAGGAUGGGCUGCCUGCGGAGGAAGACCCUGUGUCUCUUCCUUAUUUUCGCGCCUGUAUAUCUGCAUGGGGCUUUGUCACAGGAAGCCAGCCCUGCAGGUCAGAGAAAACCAUUUUUCGAGAGGCUCCGAAGGCUAGAAGAGCAGUUCCGGAGGUUCCAAGAGGUGACCUUAACACACCUGCAAGGCCUUGCCAGUAACUACAACCUGUCCUACAACAUUGACACUCGGUUCCAGAGCCUGGCCCAGGACACCCAAGCGGUGGCUCUGGCGGUGAACCAGUCACAGGCCGCCCUGCAGAGUGACCUGAGCCACCUCAAGACCUGGAUGCAGAAGACACGGCGCAGAAGCCGGAAGGUGGACUCCAGGCUGCUGGCCUUGGGUGCCGCCCUGAGUGAGAGGGACAGGCAGCAUACCCAGGAGGGGAAGGAGCGGGAGGCACAGAGGGACGCCCUCUCCAGCCUGGCUCUGGACCUGAGGGCCCUGCAGGACGCGCUGGCUCGCCUCACACACCUUGUGCAGGGCCAGGGUGCCAGGCUGGCUGCUCUCGAGGGGCGGCUGCAGGUGGCUGGCCCUGCCACUGUUGCCCCGGGGCUGGCCCCAGCACAGCCCCCCACCCUGCCUGGGCACCCAAGCCCCAGCUCCCCAAGGCUGCAGAGGGGAAGGCAGGUGCUCAGAGGUUCACCUGUGACUGGGGACCCACCUCAGGACUUCACUGGCCAUCCGCAGGGGACACGGGCACCUCCUGGCCCAAGCAGCCAGUGGGCAUGGCCCCCCGAGAGCCCAGGAGAGACCUGUGACGCGGGCCCUGUGCUGGUCUUCCCAAACGCCUCCACCCAGAACGUCGCCUUCCUCAGCCCCAGCUUUGCCUCGGGCCUGCGAGCCCUGUCUGUGUGCAGCUGGGUGCGCAUGGCCUCAGGCCACUUGGGCACCCUGCUCUCCUAUGCCACCGAGGAGAAUGACAACAAGCUCGUGCUGCACGGCAGGGACUCCCUGGUCCCUGGCUCCAUCCACUUUGUGAUUGGAGACCCAGCCUUCAGGGAGCUGCCCCUGCAGCCACUGUUGGACGGCCGGUGGCACCACGUGUGUAUCAUCUGGACAUCCACCCUGGGCAGGUACUGGGUCCACGUGGACCGCAGGCUAGUGGCCAUGGGCUCCCGCUUCAGGGAGGGCUACGAGAUCCCUCCAGGAGGGUCCCUUGUGCUGGGCCAGGAGCAAGACAACAUGGGGGGCGGCUUUGACAGCUCUGAGGCCUUCGUGGGGAGCAUGGCAGGCCUGGCCAUAUGGGACCGGGCGCUGGUCCCUGGGGAGGUCGCAAAACUUGCCACUGGGAGGGAGGUCCCAGGGGGCGCCAUCCUGACACUGGCCGAUGCCCAGUGGGUAGGCGGAUUCGUGCAGUGGGCGAACUGCAGCUGCCUGGAGCUGUGUCCCUGAGGCCUGGGCACGCCCGUUCUGUCACGCUCUGGGCCGGACAGGAGCAGCCUCAGCAGCACUCAGCACCCUGACCCCCGCACAGCCCCUAGAGGGCCCCUCUGCAACUGGGGAGGGGACCGGGCAAUGCGGGAAGGGAAUGGGCAACAGGUGGAGUGGGGCCGGGCGAGGACACAGGCACUGCCGCGUGGAGUCCUACGGGCUGUACAAUCAUUCAGGCAGGGAGCGCAGGACAACAUUGGGGCCUCUCAUCUGGGCUGCGUUUGCAGCAGAGAACCCCAUUUUCCUGGAAACCAUGCGGGUGCAUUUGAGCUGCCGUGGCCCUCCCCCGGGUGGCUUGUGAAAGUGUCCCCCUUGCUCUCACAUCCCUCAGGAAAGGGACCGGGAAUCCAUUUCCUGCCCCCAAAGCUACCACGCCCUUGGCUGGGUGCCCUGGGGGUUCCCCUGGGGGUUCCCACAGUGGCUCAGGAGCAAGCUAUUCAGAAACAAACAUGGCCAGGGGGGCAGUGCCCUCAGCUGCCCCGCGGGAGCACCACUGGAGCACACGCCCUAAGGCCCACCCGUGAGACCCUACAGCGCACGUGUUAGCAAAUUUACCAAGUUGUGCAACCAUCAUCACAAUCCAGUUUUAGA